UAAAUAAUUAAUAUGGAUAGAUUGAAAGAUAUUGAGAGUAUGGCACAUGGACAUGCUGGUGCCUUAGCAGGAUUAUUUUCUACAUGUUUACUUUAUCCUCUGGAAAACAUCAAAACAAGAAUGGCUGCAUCACAAUAGAAAGAAAUCCUUCAAGAGGUUAUUGUAAAAGUCUGGUAAUAAGAAGGCCUUUAAGGAUUUUUUAAAGGUGUAACCCCAUUAGCAUUAGGAAACUAUAUUUCAUAUGGUGUUUACUUUUUUUGGUAUAUAUAUUUUUUAUUUUACCAUAAGGUAUGAGUAUUUUAAGCAUUUAUUUAAAACAGAUAUUUCUAAUUCAUUUGCUUUAAUAAAACCAUCUUUAGCAUCUGCUAUUCUCACAACAUUUGUCACAAAUCCAUUUUGGGUUGUAUAAUCAAGGAUGACUAUCAGCAAAGAUAAUCUUAACUUUUUUUAAAUGACUAAGCAAAUUAUUGAGAAAGAAGGAUGGGAAGCUUUAAUGAAAGGACUCUAAGCCUCACUUAUAUUAACUAUUAAUCCUAUCAUUCAAUUUGUUAGCUAUGAAGCAUUUAAAAGAAGAUUCUAAUAUGCAGAAAAUUAAACUAUUGUUAAUUUUAUUGGAGGAGCUAUCUCAAAGGCCAUUUCUACUAUUUUAACUUAUGUUUCAAAUUUAUAUCUUUAUAUUAGCCUUACCAAUUACUAAGAACCAAAACACAUAUCCAGAAAAAUAGUUCAAAAUCAUAUUUAUCAGCUGCUGAAAAGAUUAUAAAAAAUGAAGGAAUACAAGGAUUAUUUAAAGGUUUAUCAAUAUAUCUUAUCAAGUAGGUUUGAUACCAAAAUUAUGUUAAUCUGUAUUGAAUUCAGCAUUUUUACUCAUGUUUUAUGAAAAGAUUUAUGAGAUCAUUAAAUAAGGAAUAAUUCUUAUAAUAAUUGAAAUUUUGAAAUAGCGUAAAAAAAUAAGAAAACUUUAAAAAUUAAAAUGA